UCCUAUUUAUUAAUCCAUUCAUCGCAUUCCGGAGGCCGGAAACAGCAGCAAUCUACUUGCCUUUCCUCAUCCAGCAACCACCAUAAUCCACAUGUUUCAGAGAACUCACUCCUACAGAUAAGAGUUCAGAGGAAAAAGCAGAAGUUUCAUACCCUUAUUGCAAGUUGAUGCAUCACCAGAAAUCUGCGGUGAAGAUCGGAAAAGAAAGCUUAGGCCUUUCUUCCGAUUCAACUUCAGCUCCGCCUCUUUUUUGUCCUCCAAACCUCCGUGUUCAAACCCAAUUUGACCCACAACCUGCAACCACCCAACACAACUCCCAAUCUAAUUUCUCAUUCCAAGGACAAUCCGUGUCUUCUUUCCCACACUUCCCACCCAAUCCACCUCCACCACCGCCAACAACCCGACAAAACCAUGCCGGCAAUAUUUCUCACCAUGAUCGCUUCCUUGAUAACCCAUCAGCCUCACAAUCUCCGGUUUCUUCUCCCCACAAGAGGAAUACCAUGAAUCAGGGUUCUUCUUUGGUUUCCUCUUCGAUGAUUUCUUCUUCAGCUUGCCAUAAUCAGAGGCCAUGCUUGCGUGCGAAGUCGUCUUGGCCAUCGUUUUCGUGUUGUAGUUUAUUUGCAAACCCCUUUGCCUUUGGUUCGAAAUUUCAGAACUUCAAGUUACUUACCCUUUUUCGUUGCGUGCGACCACACAGGAUUCGUUUCCGGUUCCUUAUUCUACUUUCACUGCCGUACAUUUUCUUUUUCGUUUCAAGACCUCGUCGCUCUCUCUUGAUCGAUUUCUUCUCCGUGAUCGGUUUCUCAGCCGUGCUCUUCAUUUCUCUCAAUCUAGCUCUCCCUCGUCUACCCUCAAUUCGCCUGUUCCUCGCCCGAUCAUUGCCGAUUAAACUCUCUUCGUCUCUUUCUGCAACAAAUUCUCCUCAGCCCAUUCUGUGGUCUAUAGGGUCGAAACCCGAAUCAGAGGAAACCACUAUUUCAGGACCCUGGGUGCAAAUUUACAGUAAUGGGGACGUGUAUGAGGGUGAAUUCCACAAGGGAAAGUGUUCUGGGAUGGGGGUCUAUCACUAUCACUUGAGUGGGAGAUAUGAAGGUGAAUGGAUUGAUGGGAAGUACGAUGGUUAUGGUGUUGAGACAUGGGCUAGAGGAAGCCGGUACCGUGGGCAGUAUAGGCAGGGCUUAAGGCAUGGAAUCGGCAUCUAUAAAUUUUAUACUGGCGAUAUGUAUGCAGGAGAAUGGUCCAAUGGCCAAUGUCAUGGUUGUGGAGUUCAUAACUGCAAUGAUGGCAGCCAUUACAUUGGAGAAUUUAAAUGGGGUUUGAAACAUGGAGUCGGCCAUUACCAUUUCAGAAACGGAGACAUAUAUGCUGGGGAGUAUUUUUCUGACAAAAUGCAUGGUUUUGGCGUCUAUCAAUUUCAAAAUGGGCACCGUUAUGAAGGGGCAUGGCAUGAAGGAAGAAGACAGGGAUUUGGAAUGUAUACUUUCAGAACUGGGGAAACGCAGUCUGGUUAUUGGCAAAAUGGGAUGCUAUAUGAGUCUGAAACGCAGAUAAUUCAUGUGGAUGAAUCCCCAUGUGUGGCGAAUCAUGCCAAGGUUUCUAAAGCAGUCCAGGAUGCUCGAUGUGCAGCUGAUAGAGCUCAAAGUUUGGCAAAGUUGGAUGAAGGGGUGAAUAAAGUUGUUGCAGUUGCUAAUAAAGCAGCAAACGCAGCGAGAGUUGUAGCUGUAAAAGCUGUGCAGAAUAGAAUGCAUCAUAACAACAAUGAGAAAUGAAAAUCUCAGCGCUGUCAUCUUCUGUCCUAGACUACAGAGCACUAGUACAUUGAGAAACGAGAUGGACCAAGAAGAGGCGAACUAAUGAAAUUUUCUCCGAAGUUUGAUUGUUAAUAUAAGUGUUUCUGCUUCGUUUCCUUCUUCCUGGGGGGACGAAGCUUCCUUUUAUAGUAUUGUGAUACUGAUGGAAUUUACGAGGCGCCUGCUUGGAACCACAUUCUGUCAUUAAGACUCGAUGGUUGAUUGUGGAGCAGGCAGGUUCCUCCUUUGCCUUAUAUUGACGGCUUCAGUAUGUACAGGACGACUAAGAACAAGAGUGUUUCGAGUUCCAAGGUUAAGCAAAAGUGCCAUAAAGAUGGUGGUUUUGUUUUCCAUCACAAUUUAUGAAAUGUAUCAUUAUCUAUCUUCUAA